UCUGUUUUUACACUCUACAGAUUGCUCCCAUUUAUUUGACAUCCUGUAGGAAGCAGGGAAUGGGUCUGCUGGAGAUGUUGUUGCACAAGCAGCCUGCUCAACAUAAUCAAUUGCUACUUAAAAAUUUAGAGAUUUGUCGCCUAUAUGAACUUGAUAGUGUUAGUUCUGAUAUCAUGAAGAUUGCUGGAGUACACCACUGGAAGCAUGGUAGAAAAGGCUUGGGAGUUUUUUGGCUUCAGCAAGCAAAGGACGAAGUUCGUCUUAACAGGAUUGCACAGCAGUUGUUUGAUUCUGUUGGAAAGUCACUCUCAGAUGAAAAGUUCGAGCAAUGGGAAGGCUUAAUCGAGUUGUUAGGUUCUGAAUCAAAAAUCGCUGGAGGACUUGAGUUUUUGCACAAGUAUAGGGAUUUCAAGAAGUCCCUUCAGUAUAUGCAUGAUGGAAAAACUACAGAUGCUGCACGGCAGGCUGUAGAAUCACUUGUAUCACUCAUGAAAAAUCCUUCUACACCUCAACGCUUUUGGUCACGACUUCUGUAUGAUUCGUUGAAUUUACUUAAUUGGAAGGAGCGUCCUUUGCUAAAUGUCUCCCAGGCAAAUCUUUUGAUGAAUAAAUUACAAGAGUUAUCCAUGGCAAGAUUACGCCCAGACUUCAUUGAAGCUGAUCUGCCUCCUCAGGGCUUAUCAUCUGUGAGACUAGCUCUCGCCACUAAUCUUGGACGUGCUAACCUAGAGGAAUAAUUUGAAGCUACCAAGUUCUUUGGCUAGAUCCCUUCCCUCUUUUAUUCUCUUUUUCCCCCACCUCGUGAUUAUACUGAUAUUAUUAUGGGAAGUUUUUCUGUAUAGUUUGUUGUUUUUUUUCGUUUUUAGAUCUUUUAAAGUUUUAUUUAGAUUAUGGUUCGACGAUGAUGUUAUAUUUUUUUUAUGAUAAUUUGAUAAUUUUUUUUUUU